CUGCUGUCGUCCCGGUCGGUCACCGUGAUCAGUAACAUCAAAUCCUGGUACUGAUAGCACACUGCAAAGAAGCUCACUGUUGAUACUGCUCCUUCGAUCUCAUCGAGAACCAAGAAGUACAAAAGAGGAACCAUGAGCAACAACCAGCAGCCCCAGUCUCCCCGCCAUUGGCAUGGCACCGUCGGUGAUCGCUACGAGCAUCACAAUGUCUGGGUGCGAGGAGGUCCUCCUGAGCCUUACCGUCGUCCUUCGAUUCCUACUACCACUGCAGCCACUGCCACUUCCGACAGACGCGGCUCUGAUUCAUCAGAUAUGUCUUCCAACUCCGCCAAUUUGAGCAAUAGCCCUCCCAGCAUUGGGGACAGGAGACGCUCGACCGGCCAUGGCGCGUCAAGCCUCUUUGAGAGUUUGACGAGCCAAAAGCGCAACUCUACGGACCAGACUCUCAAUACGCGCCGUGAAAGCUGGAACGAGCAGGGACAGCAGGGCGGAUUCUUCGCCAAGUGGUGGGAUGGAUACACGAGAGGAGGUAGUAAAUAAUUUUAACUAAUAUCACUCUUCGACGAAUGCUAUGAUGUCGGAAAUGUCGAACGCCAGAGGCCACAUCUCUCAGUGAUUUAUGCAAAUGUUAUUGAAAAUUAAUUCAAGGCGAGGUAUAGCUAUGCCAGCUCCAUGAAGUUGUAUUGUAUGUACUUAUCAUGACUGCUGUGAUAGUUAACAAACCUAAUUUGACUAGCGUUUGCUUGGUGGCACAUAUAGAUCCCAAAUGGAUACGUAGUAGAA